CCUCCGGUGGGCAGACCUAGAGACGGGCGGGGGGCUGCGACAACGGGGCGGGCAUGUUGCAUUCAGGGAUAUACACCCUGGGCGGCAGAGCCGGUUCAGUGCUCGGUGCUGCGGCUAACUGGACGUGCGAGGCCGGCAGAGCAAGCCGGGGAGCAGCAGGGUGGAAACGUAGCGGGGCCCGCAGCUUCAGCAACGCCGCGGUGGCUAUGGCCCCGAUCAAGGUGGGAGAUGCCAUCCCCUCCGUGGAGGUAUUUGAAGGGGAGCCUGGGAAGAAGGUGAACCUGGCAGAGCUGUUCAAGGGCAAGAAAGGUGUGCUGUUCGGAGUUCCUGGGGCGUUCACCCCUGGCUGUUCUAAGACCCAUCUGCCUGGGUUUGUGGAGCAAGCUGAGGCUCUGAAGGCCAAGGGUGUGCAGGUGUUGGCAUGUCUGACUGUUAAUGACGUCUUUGUGACAGAGGAGUGGGGUCGAGCCCACCAGGCGAAAGGCAAGGUUCGGCUCUUGGCUGACCCAACUGGGGCCUUUGGGAAGGAGACAGAUUUAUUACUGGGUGAUUCUUUGGUGUCGCUCUUUGGGAACCACCGGCUGAAGAGGUUCUCCAUGGUGGUAGACAAUGGCAUAGUGAAGGCGCUGAAUGUGGAGCCGGAUGGCACAGGCCUCACCUGCAGCCUGGCCUCCAGCAUCCUCUCGCAGCUCUGAGACCCCGGCCAGAUGGUCCUCUGUUGCUCCCAUCUUCCCUGCCCAGCUUUGGGCCAAGAGGUCCAGCAUCUCCUCACCUGGGGCCCCGUAAAUGGAACCUUGACCAUAUUUCUGCAAUAAACAGUCUGAUUUUCGUCUUU